AUGUCCGUGGGUCUUCCCACUCUGCUCUAUCUCGAAAGUCUCCCCCCACCUGUUAUCACAGCUCAGCCUGGAACUAGGAUACCAUAUAAGGAACCAGUGACCAUCCAGUGCCAAGGACCUCCAGACGCUGCAGCCUAUGAGAUACACAAAUCUAAAGCAGUUAUAAGUUCGGAAAGCGGUAUAUUUAUGGAAACUGAGAACACCAGCACUUUAUCUAUCCAAGAGAUGAAACCAUACUGGACAGGACUGUACGGCUGUUCCUAUAAGAGUGGAGGACACAGGUCACCGUACAGUGAUACCCUGCAUUUAGUUCUGACAGGAUAUUAUGACAAACCCACACUCAUGAGCAUGAGUGACAUGGAGGUGGCUUCAGGAGACAAUGUGAAGUUACGGUGUUUCUCCAAAAUCAAGUUUGAUAUAUUUAUUCUCACCAAAGAAGAUGCACCUCAGUUCACCAUAAGAAAACGUUCCACAGCCCAGGAAAAUGAACAACAGACCACCUUCCAACUGGACCCUGUCACCUCCACACAGGCAAGGACCUACAGGUGCUACGGUGGCUUCUACAAAGACAUCGAUGUGUGGUCUCACCCCAGCGACCCACUGCAGCUUGAGGUCAGAGGAUCUUAUGACAAACCCACACUCUCCAGCAUGAGUGGCACGGUGGUGGCUUCAGGGCACAAUGUGAGGUUACAGUGUUUCUCCAGAAUCAGGUUUGAAGCAUUUAUUCUCACCAGAAAAGAUGCACCUCAGUUCACCCAGAGAAAAAGCUCCACAGCCCAGGACAAUGGACAGCAGUCCACCUUCCACCUGGGCCGUGUCACCUCCACAGAGGCAGGGACCUACAGGUGCUACGGUGUCCUCAGCGAAGACCCCAAUGUGUGGUCUCACCCCAGCGAGCCAUUGCAGCUUGAGGUCAGAGGACCUGCUGGUGGGAGUGUAUCCCCAGUGAACCAAGUCCGGCUGAGUCUGGCUGGCCUGGUUCUCUUGGCCCUGGUGGUGGUGUUGGCAGAGGCCUGCUACAGCCACAAGCGGUCCUUCCCUGGACUCAGAUGA